AUGGAGAAAGACUCCAAGAAAGAUAGAUUUGAUGACCAAGAGCCUAAGAAAGAAAUAGGCGCCUUCGGUGGUUAUUUGAGGAUCUUUCGAUAUGGCUCGUCCAAGGACUAUACCUUGCAGGCCAUUGCCACUGCCUGCGCACUAGGGUCCGGUGUUGGCAUGGCCCUUGUCAAUUUGGUAUUUGGCCAGUUUAUCACACUCAUCACUGACUACACGGCGGGUCAUACGGAUGCUUCGAAGUUCCGAAACGAAUCUGCGAGGCUCAGUCUCUUUUUCUUUGUCAUUGGCCUUUGCCGAUUCUUCCUCACAUAUGGAUACAGCACACUCUAUACAUUUGCUGCAUACCGGAUCACACGAAACAUUCGCCACCUGUACCUAAAAGCAGGACUAAGCCAGGAAAUUGCCUUCUUCGAUUCAGGCACUAGCGGGUCAAUUGCCAUGCAAGCCACCUCAAAUGGACGACUGAUCCAAUCUGGAAUUUCGGAAAAGCUGGGACUUGUUGUCCAGGGCCUAUCCGCUUUUAUAUCCUCCUUUGUGCUAGCAUUUGUCACUCAAUGGAAGCUGACUCUCAUUUCUUGCUGCAUUGCUCCAGCAAUGCUUUUAGCCAUGGGCAUCAGCUCCAGCUUUGAAGCUGACAUUGAAACAAAAGUCCUCAAAGUUCAGGCCCAGGCUGGAGCUUUUGCAGAGAGUAUCUUGUCAAGCACUCGGACGGUACAGGCCUUCGGACUUCGAAACCAACUGCUAGGCGACUUUGAAAAGUUCUUGCAAGCUUCGAGAAAGCUCGGAAAUAAAAAGUCCCCUCUUUUCGGCUGCUUAUUUGCCACGGAGUACACCAUCAUCUUUUCAGGAUUUGGCUUGUGCUUUUGGCAGGGUAUAAGAAUGGUGUCCACUGGCGAGGUGGAGCAAUCUGGAGAUAUUUUCAUUGUGCUCAUGUCCGUGGUUGUAGCAGCCGUAAGCCUGACCACUAUAAUGCCGUAUCUGAUCGAUUUUGUCCGCGCGGCCUCUGCAGCGGCAGAGCUAUUCCAUCUCAUGGACCGAAAGUCGAGAAUCGAUCCGUUUGACAAUUCCGGGGAAAGACCGACAGACGUUGUGGGAUAUAUCGAUUUUAGUAGUGUCUCGUUCGCUUACCCUACGCGCCCUGAUACCAAGGUAUUGAACAACUUCUCACUGCAUAUUCCUGCCGGCAAGACAACUGCACUCGUUGGAGCAAGCGGAUCUGGAAAAAGCACUAUUGUUGGGUUGAUUGAACGAUGGUACAACCCUUUGUCGGGAACGGUCAAGCUUGAUGGCAAGCCUAUCGAGCUGUACAACCUCAGAUCACUUCGCCAGCAGGUUAGGCUUGUUCAACAGGAGCCCAUUUUGUUUUCCGGAACAGUCGCUGAAAACAUCGCCAAUGGCCUUGUAGGUACACCUUGGGAGAAUGAAUCUCCAGGCGAGAAGCUGUCCCGGAUACAGGAGGCUGCUAAAAUUGCCUUUGCCCACGAUUUCAUCACCGAACUUCCCAGCGGGUAUGAUACCGUCAUUGGGGAGAGAGGUGGGCUAUUAUCCGGUGGUCAAAAGCAACGGGUUGCAAUUGCUCGCAGUAUUGUUUCCCAGCCACGAAUUCUUCUUCUGGAUGAGGCAACGAGUGCCCUUGAUCCUCAUGCCGAGGAAGUCGUUCAACGCGCACUGAACAAUGUUUCAAAGGGGCGCACAACAAUCACUAUUGCACACAAACUAGCCACUAUCAGAGAUGCCGAUAAUAUUGUUGUCAUGGAGCAGGGCCGUAUUCUCGAGCAAGGUACACAUAACUCCCUUUUGGAAUCGAAUGGUGCCUAUUCACGACUGGUGCGGGCUCAGGAUUUGUCUGUGGCGACACAGGAUCCCGAAGAUGCCUCAGAUAGCCCGGAUGAAACAGACAAAGAAGACUUUGUUACACUUACUGGUGAAUUGACCCGGUACUCGACUACAACAAGAUCAGCUUUGGAGAAGCAGUUGACUCGCGAUGAUUUUGACAAUUGGAAAAGAUUGGGCCUUCUCCAAACAAUAUGGAGAUUGGUGAAAUCGGCUCCCGAGCUCAAUUGGACUUUUGUGGUCCUGAUUUUGGCUUGUUUAACAGGAGCUGCUUCAUAUCCUGGCCAAGCUAUCUUGAUGUCUAAGUUCAUCGACGUAUUUCAAUUCACAGGUUCAGCUAUGCGAACAAAAGGAAACUUCUUCGCUCUAAUGUUUUUCGUUCUCGGACUUGGAUCUUUCGUCGUCUAUUUUGCUGUGGGAUGGACAUCGAACAUUGUAGCACAGACAAUGAACCAAAAAUACCGGAAGCAAGUCGUCAAUGACAUGAUGAAGCAAGACCUGCAAUUCUUUGAUCGCGCCGAGAACACUACAGGGGCGCUGACCAGUCGUGCUGACUCUUAUCCACAGGCUGUAUUUGAGCUUAUGGGCUUUAAUGUUGCUCUGAUACUGGUUGCAACGGUUGGUGUAUUGUCAUGCUCUAUUCUGGCAAUAGUAUAUGCAUGGAAACUUGGCCUUGUUAUUGUUCUAGCAGGUCUUCCGCCCAUGCUCGCUUCCGGUUACGCUCGCAUCAAAAUGGAGGGUGCGAUGGACCACAAGAUUUCGAAGUUGUUUUCGAAGAGUGCAUCUAUUGCCUCAGAGGCCGUGACUGCCAUCCGGACGGUGUCUUCCUUGGCAAUUGAGACAUCGGUUUUGGAGCGAUACACCCAGGAGCUUGACCAGGCGAUUGCCACGUCUACGAAGCCAUUGCUUCUCAUCAUGCUCCCUUUUGCAUUCACUCAGACCGUUGAGUACUCUUUUCUGGCUCUCGGUUUCUGGUAUGGAUGCCGGCUUGUCUCAUUUGGAGAUCUGAGCAUGGCCAACUUUUUCGUCAGUUUCCUGAGUGUGUUCUUUUCUGGCCAACAAGCUUCGAUUCUUUUUGGCUUUUCAAGCAGCAUGACAAAGGCAACAAAUGCCGCCAAUUACAUAUUUUGGCUUGAAGAGCUCCAGCCUACAAUUCGAGAGACUGACGAAAACGGUGACCUUGGCCCUGGCGACUUCAAGUCUCUCCACUUGGAAAACCUGCAAUUUUCUUACCCAAUGAGACCUCACGCCCGCGUACUACGCGGCAUUGACCUUCAUAUCAAGAAAGGUCAAUUUGUCGCAUUUGUCGGCGCAUCUGGCUGUGGAAAAAGUACCAUGAUCAGCAUGCUCGAGCGCUUUUACGACCCAGUAGCUGGUCAUAUCAAAAUCGACGCCCUUACCUUGGAGAGCUUGAAUCCUUGGCUGUACCGAGGUAAAGUGGCACUUGUACAGCAGGAACCCACCCUUUAUCCCAGCACCAUUCGCGAAAACAUCUCCAUGGGGACACCGACUGGUAGCCCGUCAACGGUUCCUGACAGCGACAUUGAGGCUGCCUGUCGGGCUGCCAACGCGUGGGAAUUUAUCUCUUCUCUGCCUGAUGGCCUUAUGACUCUCUGUGGUGCCAAUGGGACACAACUCUCUGGUGGGCAACGUCAACGCAUCGCUAUUGCUAGAGCGUUACUCCGAAAUCCGCGUUUACUCCUAUUGGAUGAGGCAACAAGCGCGUUGGACACUCAAUCAGAGAGAAUUGUUCAAGAUGCGCUGAAUGAAGCGGCUUCUCAGGGGGAUCGAAUCACGAUCGCGGUUGCCCAUCGCUUGUCGACUAUUCGCCAUGCGGAUAUGAUAUGCGUGUUUGAUGGGGGCAGGAUCGCCGAGUCCGGAACUCAUGAGGAAUUACUGGCGAGAGGCCGACUUUAUCCGAAGAUGUGCGAGGCUCAGAACCUAGGCACUUGA